AAUCACACGUACCGAGUACACGCUGAUAGCGCACUCGCCUCCCUCUCCCAUUAAAGCUGACACUCCAGUGGACCUAGGGUUCAGGGUGCGCGCCAAUGUUGUGAACACGACCGGCCUUCUAGUUUGCAACCAUGCUCGCUCCCUUGACGGGCGUGGUAAGAAGCUGCACUUACCUCCGCCACGGUGCCCGCGAGGCGCACGCGGCCCUCGAACCCGCUCGGCCGGGAGAUCCCCGGGCCCGGCCCACCAUUGCAACAUCACCCCACCUCGCGGCGACCCCGCGCAAUGUCGCUGCUGCCGCGGAUCGCCGCGGCGGCAAGGGCAGCAGCAGCGGCAGUGACAAGGGCGGAGGUCGAGGCGGGAGUGGGGGCGGGGGCCGCGGAGGUGGGGGCGGAGGCAGGGGAGGCCGAGGAGGAGGUGCUGACGUGGACCCCCGCACGCGGCAGCUUCAGAGCGCAGCACGCCGAGCCUCAGCACGUGCGGAGGGCGUAGGCAGCGGCCGUGUGGCUCUGCAGGAGCGGCUUGCGGCACAGGACUCUCGGGAGGGUGACGGCUGGAGGCCCUCCCCCGAGCCCCCGAGGACGGGGCGGAGCGACGACCGCGGCGGCCGCAGGAAGCAGAAAGGAGGCGGUGACGAUGGGGAAGAGGAGCUGUGGCCGAGCAGGGAGGCUGUGGCAGGGCCCGACACGCCUACCGGCUCGUCCUCUGACGCCAUUGCGGCUGCCAGCCGGGCCAACGGCAGUAGCAGGGCGAGCGGCGGCAGUAGCAAGCCCGGUGCAGACACGGCGGGGCUCGUGGCGGCGCUGCGGGCGGCGGCUGCAGCGGACCGGCAGACACGGAUGAUGGGGGGCGGGGGCGCCGCCGCCGGCACCUGGGCAGGCAGCUACUUUGGCCGGCUGCGGAGCCUGCAGGCCGGCGGCGGCGGCAGUAGCGGCAGUAGCGAUGCGGCUGCUGCGGGGGUUGGCACGGCAGUUGGUGACGGCGGUGGCGGCGAUGAGGAGGCGUUGGUGCCGUACGUGGACCUGGUGCUGCAGGAGAUGGGCCUGCCGCCGCGCUCCAGCCGCCGCGCUCCAGUCGCCCUCGGCCCCGGCGGCGCCGCCUCGGAUGGUGACGACGACGGCGGGGACGACGAGGGCGGCGGCUCCAGCGCUCGGCCGGGCACCCGCGGCCGCGGCGCCAAGCGCGGGGCUCUGCGGGCGCUGCUGGGGUCGUACACGGCGGUGUGGUGCCGCGCCCUGGACCUGGAGCUGCAGGAGGAGUGGGCGGAGAGCGAGGAGCGACUCAAAACCUGGAAGAGGUCUCGUCUGGAGGCGGAGGGCGCUGCCCUGUUCGACCUGACCGCCGCGCCCGACCACACCCUGUUCCGGGACGCAGUGCUGCGCUUCUACGUGCCCGGCCGCCCGCUGCCCUUCCACUGCCUGGGCGCGGGGGACAUCGUGCUCGUGUCGCCCAACAACAAGCCCGGCGAGAGCUCGCUGGAGGGCGUUGUGCUGGACUACAGCAACAGGUGGAUGCGGGUGGCGCUGCCGGCGGACCUGGCGGCAGGCGUGCAGGGCAGCGGCUGGCGACUUGACCUGUACGCGAACACGAUUGCGCACGAGCGAGCCCGAGCCGCCGUUAAGCGCUACAGCCAGGCAGCGGCCGAGUCCGGCAGUAGCAACGACAAGGACAAGAAGGACAAGAACGACCGGAACGGCAGUAGCAAGGCCGGUGACAGCAGUAGCAGUGGCACGGGAGACACGGGGGCCGCGACGGUGGCACUGCUUCGUGCACUUGCGGGGAGCGUGCCGGCUGGAUCCAGCCUGGAGGAGGUGGCGGCAGCUACGCCGGCCUGGCUGAGGGGCAAGGCCGGCCGGGAGCGGCUGACGUCAGCGCGGCGGGUGCUGGCGGCGGCCUCAGCGGCGGCGCCGGCGGCGCCGGUUGGAGGAGGGGAGGAGGCGGGCACAGCAGGAGGGGGAGGAGAAGGAGAAGGAGGCGGUGGAGGAGGAGGGGCGGGCAGGGAGAGGGCCCGGGGCGGCGGAGGCGGGGCGGGUUUGAACCCCAGCCAGGCGCGGGCGGUGGAGGCGGCGCUGGAGCGGACCCUGACGCUGUGGCAGGGGCCCCCCGGCACGGGCAAGACCGCCACGCUGCUCCGCUUCAUCCGCGCUGCCCUGGCCGCACUGCCCGGAUCCGGAUCCGGAUCCGGAUCCGCUGCAUCCAGCGGCUACGGCCCGCUGCUGGCCACGGCGGCCUCCAACGUGGCGGUUGACAACCUGGUCAGCGGGCUGCGGAUCCUGGAUCCGGGGCUGGACGUGGUGCGGGUGGGGCAGCCCGCCAAGGUGUCGCCGGAGCUGCGCGGAGUCAGCCUAGAGGCUCGCAUUGCCGGCACGGCCGCGGGUCAGCGCGCGGCGCGGCUGCGCAAGCAGGCCCAGGGGCUGCGCGGCAGUGAGGCCUGGAAGUACAUCUCCCAGGCGCUGGAGUUGGAGGAGGGCGCAGCUCGCGACAUCCUGUCCCGGGCGCAGGUGGUGGCGGCCACAUGCAUUGGCGCGGGAGAGGCCCGGCUGCAGACGCUGUCGUUCCCCAUCGUGGUGCUUGAUGAGGCCACACAGGCCACAGAGCCGCACUCCCUGGUGCCGCUACUCAACCAGGCUCGCCAGGUGGUGUUGGUGGGAGACCCCCGCCAGCUGCCGCCCACCGUCAAGUCGCGGGAGGCGGAGGGGCUGGGACUGGGGCUGCCCAUGUUCGAGAGGCUGCAGCUGAUGGGCCUGUCUCCGCUGCUCCUGGACACUCAGUACCGCAUGCACCCCUCCAUCGCCGCCUGGCCCUCAGCCGCAUUCUACCAGGGCAAGCUGACGUCUGCGCCCAAGCCCAGUGAGCGGCGGCCGCCCGCCGGGUUCCCCUGGCCCAACCCCAAGGUGCCUGUGUGCUUCAUCCCGGUCCGCGGCCGCGAGUCGCGCACCUCCGCCGCCAACGACGCCGCCACGCCCGGCGGCGCCGCGGGCUUCUCCUACCAGAACGACGACGAGGCGGGUGUGGUGGCGGCGGCGGUGGCGGCGCUGCUGACGCCGGGGGCGGCGGCGGGUCUGGAGAACGGCGUGGGCGACAUCGGUGUCAUUACGCCCUACAACGGCCAGGUGCGCUGCCUGCAGCAGCUGCUCACACGCGGCUCGCGGCUGUCGCGCGGCCUGGGCGUGGGCUCGCGCCCGGGCGCCUUCCGCCGCGCCGCCCCCAGCAUGGAGGGAGACGACGACGGAGCAGGUGGCAGCGGCGGCGGGCGGGCUGAGCCCGUUCUGGAGAUCAAGUCGGUGGACGGUUUUCAGGGCCGCGAGAAGGAGGUCAUCGUGUUCAGCGCCGUGCGCUCCAAUCCGGAAGGCCGCCUGGGGUUCGUGUCGGACCCGCGCCGCCUCAACGUGGCCAUCACGCGCGCCAAGCGCGGCCUGGUGGUUGUGGGCAACCCAGACACACUCAUGGUCGACCGGUUGUGGGCGCGGUGGCUGCGGUGGGCGGAGGCGCAGGGCUGCGUGAUGCAGGAGGGCGGACUGGCGGGGGGCGGCGGAGGUGGAGGCGGAGGCGGAGGCGGAGGGGCAGGGGGAGGGGCAGUGGGGAGCAAGGGCAAGGCGGCGCGGGCGCAGGCGCAGGCGCAGGAGGAGGAGGACGAGGGCGAGGAUGUGGAGAUGGUGGUUUGAGGGCUGUGCUGGGGGGGUUCACCAGCCCAAACUAAACCAAACCAAGCCAAACCAGGUGGGCAGUGGCGGGCGCACGUGUGGCAGCGUGAGUCCAUGUGUGUAUGGCGUGAGCUCUUGUGCACUCGUGGGCAGCGGGAGGCGGCUGGAAUGGGCGUUGGAACGGCUUUUGGUUAUGUGUUUGCGUGCACACGCGUGCCGUGAUUCCUUCAGGUCGGCUGGGUGGCUGGGACAAGGUGUUGCAAUGAGCAGUGAUAUCAAGUUAUGCGUUUCAGCGAAGGGUUACUGAGUGCCUGUAUGCAGUGAUGGCGUUGCUGGGCUGUUAACGCAGCUGUCGUUGCUGUUUGCUGUGUGUGGUGGGCUGGCGGUGCAAGGGAGAAGUGGUAUUGGUCGGUGGUUCAGUACUGGCCAGCCCGGCCGGCGUCGUCCAGCCCAGCCAUCCCAAUACAGCAGCCACCUUCCGUCAGCCAGCCAUGGGCGCGACCGUCCACAGCGUUUACCGUCGGUUACGAGGUAACAUGUGAAUUCGCAACUUGCGCUACUGACUGCCUGCUCUCGUGCCGCCUGCAAGCCCACUCCGCCUUCCGCUCUGGUCUACGUACGCAUUAGUUCCGCAACACUCGUCAAGUACGGUUCGGUAGCCCCUAAUCCGCAUGGGUGGGGUUGGGGGGCGGCGCAGUGCGGUGCGCAGGCCGGUGCUUGUGAUCAACGUGGUAAAUGCCACCGAACUGAAUGGGAGGGGGAGUUGGUGGUCGGGGUCGCUGUCGAGCCAACAUGCGGGCAGUGCAAAGCGCCGGCAAGCCCAGCAAGUGGUGCCGUGCGGCUGGUAAAUGCCACGUGCUGUUGCUGCACGGAGCUGUGUUAUGAGUGCGCAGUGCUGGCCAGAAGCAGCGCUGGCUGCGCUGCUCUUCCGGUGCUCCUGCUGGCUACCGCCAGCUACUGCGAACCUACAUGCCAACGUCAACCUCGGGUGUUCCGGAACUCCGGAAGCAAGUUGUUGAGGCGUCAUCGGCGGGACAUGCCAAGUCUAGCCGCACAGCAACGCCACAUCUUCUCCUCAGUCCCACGUAUCACCGCCAGCCAGCUGCUAAUCCUCAGGUGUCCAGCCGGGCAGGUGACAGCAGGCCAGCAGCCGUUGGGCCUGCAAGAACCGGCAUCCCACCCGGCCGAGCUACUGAGCCUGUGGACGCGCGGGCGGUGUGCAUCGUGGGGCUGGAGUGUGUAAUUGUGCGAAGGC